AUGGCCGGUUCACAACUAGCAUUAAUCAAAAAUUUAUGUCUCUGUUAUUGUGAUAAUAAACCAGAUGCUUUGGACAGAACUGUAAAUACAGUUUCACAUUUACUACAUUCACAACAUGGAAAUACUUACCAAGACGAUAUACGGUUGCUUGACAAGAUUUGGAAGCACUUUCAAAAAUAUGGACGAAAUCAAGAAAUGCUUCGUUUCGGGCAAGUCUAUGCUCGAUUAAAUAAACUUAAAGUUUUAAAAGUCCGAUUGGAAACACUUCAAUUUCUCUAUGCACUGGCUGAUACAGCCUCGACAGAGCGUUCUCAUGACUCGAUAAGUCGUCCACUUCCAACCUCGUCAGCUAGUAGCUUUGACAUUCCAUCAUUUUCACUUCUUUCAACUCGACACGAAUCAUUCAAUGGUAAAGAGAAUGGCUUAUCUCAUAAUUCUUCGCACAUAAAAUCAUCGACAUCAUUACAAAAACUUCUUCAAUAUUCAAACGGUGAUGAAACUGCUCUUUCAGCUACCAAUCAGCAUCAAUUAACAAUGAAUCAUACAAACAAUGAAAUCGACACACUUUCCGGUGCCAAACGAGAUAGUGACGAAGCGAAGAUUUUACGCGAACUUUUAUUCGGUAUGCAAGGCAUCGAAACACCGCGUUUGUCAGCCAAUGAUACAAAUAUCGAUCGUUGUACACGUUCAUUAAUCGCCCGUUUUCUCGAAUGUGGAUGGUUGUAUGAAAAAAUUCGAAAGAUUAUUAAUACACCAACAACAAGCCUUGUUGCUCAAGCUUUCGUUGCAAAUCUCUCGAGCGAACUACGAGAAUACCACCGACUGAUCUCUGUUAUUGAACAACAAGCCAAUACACCUGGUAUGGUAUCAUUGAAGAAACUCCAUGUGUGGAUGUGCACGCCGAUGCAACGUUUAAAAUGUCUUGCCGCUGUUGCUGAUACAUGUCAAGGUAAAAAAGGUGGACAACUUCUGUCGGUACUCUACAUGCAUAGUCAACAUGGCGAUACAUUGCAACAAUCAAUACUUUAUCCAUUGCUUUACAAUUGUACAAUACCAAUACGAGAUAUGAUUGUCGAAUGGAUUUGCAAUGGAAUUAUCAAUGAUCCUUAUCAGGAAUUUUUCGUUUCAACUGAUAAAAUGGUUAGUGAAGAGAAGUUAUGGUAUGAUAAGUAUACGUUGCGCGUACCGAUGAUUCCAUCGUUUAUUUCCAUGGAACAAGCAAAGAAAAUUUGGAUUACGGGAAAAUCGAUCAAUUUCUUACGUGUUGUGUGUAAAGACCGAACAAUGUUACAGAUAUUGAAGACACCUGCGCCGUCUCAAAGUUUGUUUCAACAACAACGGUCAACGGAGUUUCAGGAUAUGAUCGUUUCCGUUUAUAAUGAUACGACACGGUAUCUUCGUUCAAUUCUCGAUGACAAAUAUCAAAUGAUGGACCAUUUCAAAGCAAUAAAACGUUAUUUAUUAUUAGGUCAAGGUGACUUCAUCAAAUACUUAAUGGAUUUAAUGGAAAAUGAAUUAAACAAAGCUGCCAAUCAAGUUUUCUACCAUAAUCUUCAAUCCUUAAUGGAUGCAGCAAUUCGUGUAACCAAUGCUCAAUAUGAAAGCGAAGACAUUAUCAAACGUCUGGAUUUACGUUUGAUGUACGUUUCACCAUCCGAACUCGGUUGGGAUGUUUGUUGUCUUGAUUACAAAUUCGAUGGACCAUUGCGAACAAUUUUUACCGAGGAAAAUUCAUUACGAUAUAUGAGAAUAUUCAAUCAUCUAUGGCGUGUCAAACGCAUGGAGUAUACAACAUGUGGCGUAUGGAAACAACUGAUUAAAUCAUCGAGACAAUUUGCUGCGAUUCCGGAAAUAUCCGAUAUGACUCAUUCAUGCUUUGUCAUGUCAAAUGAAAUGACGAAGUUCGUGCAAAGUGUGAACUAUUAUAUCAUGUUCGAAGUUCUCGAAUGCUCAUGGAGUGAUUUAUUGAGUAAAUUGAUGGAAGCGAAAGAUUUAGAACAAAUUCUGGAAGCGCACGAUGAUUCAUUAUUGAAAAUCUUAACGCGUCUUCAUCUCGAUGGUCAUGAAACGAGCCAAGAAUUAGCCAAACAAUUGCGCUGUAUAUUUGAUUUAAUAUUGAAUUUUGGUGCGAUUAUCCAGCGUUUGAUUCAAUGUGUUGAGACGGAACUCGCAGCACGAAAACCGUAUCAACAGCAACAACGUCAUGGAACUUUUACGAAAAAUAAUGACUCGGAUGCGGAAGUUCAAAGAUUUCAUACGGUAUUCAAACCACAGUUGAAAAAGAUCAAAAGCGAUUUCUUAAUCGUUAAAAAAGCAUUUCGAGAUGCUGUAUUGAAAUUUCUUCAACAAUUAAAGUCUCAUCCUGAUAUAACUUUACGUUCGUUAAGCUUCCGCUUAAAUUUCAAUGAAGUCUACAAAGUAUCGCAUGCAUUGAAAUCAACUGCAUAG